UAGUUGGACUGAUCUCCCAUCCAUAUCCAGUUCACCAACCCCACCCAACAAUCAAUAGCUGCCAAUAAGAAAAUAUUUCACGAGGAAUACGACCGAGUCUCAGCAAGCACAGGAAUAUUGCCACCAACCUCCUCCUCCUUCCAUCACCGAGAAUGGCUUCCAUGGCGGAAACCCGUGCAGGAUCCCAGCAGCAGGAUGAAACCCACACUCAAAAGCCACUUCCUCUCAUCCCAACUGCUUCAAUAUCCCUCUCAAUCUCCAGUCUCACUCUCCUCCCAUCCAAAAACCUCGCCGCCGCCGCCAAUCCCCCGCCGAACGAAGUCAAGAUCCCUUCCCAAAUCGCCUCUCUUGCCGGAUUUUCUCUUUCCCUGGCCAAAAAAGCCUCGCGCAAAUCCGCCGCUUCCGCUAACCCGCUGCAGAAUUCGCUCACAGUUACCCCUCUCCGCCCGUCCAACCCUUCCUCCGCCGCCGCCCUCCGGCGCGCCUCCGUCGUCUGGUUCCGGAACGACCUCCGCAUCCACGACAAUGAAUGCCUCACCGCCGCCAACAAUGAAUCUCUCUCCGUCCUCCCCGUCUACUGCUUCGACCCCAGAGACUACGGAAAAUCCUCCUCCGGCUUCAACAAAACGGGGCCGUACCGCGCCAAAUUCGUGAUCGAAUCCGUCUCCGAUCUGCGCCGUAGCCUGCAGGCCCGAGGCUCGGAUCUUGUGGUUCGAAUUGGUAAGCCGGAAACCGUGCUGCCGGAAUUGGUCAAAGCCGUCGGCGCAGACGCCGUGUACGUCCACAGAGAAGUCUCCAACGACGAAGUGAAGGCGGAGGAGAAGAUCGCGGCGGCGAUGGAGGAUGAAGGAGUGGAGAUGAAGUACUGCUGGGGAAGCACAUUGUACCACCUGGAGGACUUACCGUUCGACCUGGAGAAAAUGCCGACCAACUAUGGCGGAUUCAAGGACAGCGUGAAGAACCUCCCUGUGAGGAAGACGAUUGAAGCACUGGAUAGAUUGAAGAAUCUGCCUAAACGAGGCGGUAUCGAGCCUGGAGAGAUUCCAUCACUGCUGGAUUUAGGGCUCAAUCCCAAUGAUCAGGAUGGAAGAACACCUGCCAUUGCCAAUGCUUCAACAGCAGGAGGAGAGACAGCAGCCGUACAGAGAUUGAAAGCUUUUGCCCUUGAUUGCAAGGCAGAACCAAACAAUGGAGUCAAGGGAGGAGCCAACGACACCAUAUUCGGGGCAAAUUUUUCGUGCAAAGUGUCGCCAUGGCUCGCCCUCGGGUGCAUUUCUCCGCGCUUCAUGUUUGAUGAGCUCAAGAAGUCAUCUUCUACUGGCGGAGCUGGGAAGAGCGAGCCGGCGACGAGCUGGUUCAUGUCUGAACUCUUGUGGAGGGAUUUUUUCAGAUUCAUCACCAAGAAAUACAGUUCAGCCAAGCAGGAGAAUCCUGCACCAGUUACUGCUUCCAUGGGCGCCUGUGCCUGAGAAAGAAUCUUUUCAAAGAAAAAGGUUUACACUUUACAACAAAACAGGCAUAUCUAUCUCCUCUUUGAAUCUUGUUGCCUCACGACGAUGUUAGUAGUUAGUUGAAUGUCACCAAUUCACCAUUCAAACAAUUUGUCAUGAAUACUGCGGCCAAUUGCCAUUGAUUUAUGUGUUGAAUUUCAUUAACAGAAAAGACUCAGAUAAAUCUAUAUGCAUUUUAAUAGAA